AUGGCUUAUGCCUAUCAGUUGAACUGCCAGACUCAUCAAGGUGCAGGAAUGGGACCUUUAGAGGGUAACAACAACAACAUACCCAGUGAAUCUCAUAACAUGAGGUCUGAGGAGGAUAGAAUGUAUGCAAAUCUUAUCCCUACCUUAGGUGAGAUUGUUUCUGGAAGGCCUCGACUCAAGAAAAAGCAAAGUCUCGUUUCCCGCAUCUUGUCUUCCACAGAGGCUACUCCAACCUUGUCUUGGUUUUGUCUUUUUUUGUUUUUCCUCUUUAUUAAUGGGAGACUUGCUCUUUAUCUUUUAACUGUUUCCUAUAUAUUCUCUUCUCUUCCAAAUCUUUCACUUUGCUUCAAUCAAUCAAUAACAAUGGUUUCUCCAAGAUUCUUGGUUGCUCUUUUCUUCUCCCUAUGUCUUCUCUCUCCUUUCACUUCAGCUAAAUCUACCAAUUUUGAGUAUUGCAAUAAAAGGGCCAAUUAUGAUGUGAAGGUCAGUGGAAUAGAUAUAACACCCUAUCCUGUUAGCGGAGGUAAAAAGACGACAUUCAGUAUUAGUGCAAACACAGGUAAGAAUCUCACUGGAGGAAAGCUGGUGAUUGAUGUCAACUAUUGGUUCUUUCAUGUCCACCACGAGGCCAUCGACCUUUGUAAAGAGACAUCUUGCCCAGCUUCUGGUGAUUUCGUGAUUUCCCACUCACAAGAGUUGCCUGGAUUUACUCCACCUGGAUCAUACACACUUACAAUGAAGAUGGUGGAUGAAAAGAAUAAGCAACUGUCAUGCAUAAGUUUUGGCUUCAGCAUUGGGUUCAUAGCUGAAUCCCAGGCACUAGCAGCAUCUAGCUAGGUGGUCCAAGGACUUAGUGACAAAUAAUGGUUUAUCAAUUAUGUAAUUAAAGUGUCUUAAAGGAGUUUCUGUUUCUGCUUAAUGUAUAAUACUUGUAUUAUGUGGUCUAUGGCAUUUUCGUGUACUUCUUUAUACUGUAAUACCAGUGCCACUGGUUUUCUCAGAGAUUCAAGAAAAAUAUGUUUCUUUGUUCUUA